CGUCGGAACCGUUACUUCCGGGUGUCUUCUAUGGGAGAGAUCCUGGAGCGUCUGGUUGUUUAUUGUGUUUUUAAAAGAUAAAGGGAAAAGCCCAGAGUUGAGUCAAGGCAGGGAAAAUGAACCGAAUAUUUGGACGCGGGAAACCGAAUGCACCUCCUCCCAACCUGUCGGAAUGUAUUGGCACUGUGGACGCCAGGUCCGAGUCCAUGGAGAAGAAGAUUGGCCGACUGGACGCUGAGCUCCUCAAGUACAAGGAUCAGAUGAAGAAGAUGAGAGAUGGGCCCUCCAAGAACAUGGUGAAACAGAAGGCGCUGAGAGUGCUGAAGCAGAAGAGAAUGUAUGAAGGUCAGAGGGAGCAGCUGGCUCAGCAGUCUUUCAACAUGGAGCAGGCGAACUACACGAUCCAGACCCUAAAGGACACUAAAAAUACAGUGGAGGCCAUGAAGAUCGGUGCAAAGGAAAUGAAGAGGGCUUACAAGGACGUCAAAGUGGAUCAGAUUGAUGAUUUACAGGAUCAACUGGGGGACAUGAUGGAAGAUGCCAACGAGGUCCAAGAGGCCCUGAGCCGCAACUACGGCACUCCAGAGAUAGACGAGGAGGAUCUGGAAGCAGAGCUGGACGCGCUGGGUGAUGAGCUGCUGCUGGAUGAUGACAACUCCUACCUGGAUGAGGCUUCGGCUGCUCCGUCGAUCCCUGAGGGAAUCCCCAGUGACAGCAAGACAAACAAGGACGGAGUGUUGGUGGAUGAGUUCGGCCUCCCACAGAUUCCUGCCACAUAAACCGGGAGCGGGUUGAAACGACUGCACUUCACCUGAAAACACUUUUAUAUGCAGAGUAACACUAAAUACAGUGGAAAUGGCUAAUAGUGAUCACGUUUGUCCUGGGGAAAACGUAUCACUAUAAGCGGUUGAUUUCUAUAACAGAAUUGCGUAGCUUCUGUAUGAUAAACCCGGAACUUGAGGGAAAGGUAACAUUGCACUAUUGUGUAUGUGAGCGCACACACACACACGUACACACUGACUCGGCUGCUCCGCUGACAGAGCGGCUGGAAACUGUCCAAACAUGAAAAGACCCUAAAUCAGGGGUGUCCAAACUUUUUAUCCCGAGGGCCACAUAUUGAAAAAAAUACGAAGGUCCGGGCCACUCACGGCGCUACGCCCCCCAUCCCUGGAGCGGACUGUUGACA